AUGAGUAACCAGGCAGCCCUUCUCGGGCGAUGCAUAGCCCUCAUCGACAUGGAUUGCUUUUAUGUUCAAGUGGAAGAGAGACUCCAACCUCAGCACAAGGGGAAACCCGGUGUUGUUGUACAGUGGAGCGGAGUUGAAGGCGGAUGCAUCGCGGUGAAUUACGAGGCUCGAGCUAAGGGCAUCAAGCGCGGAAUGAGACCUAAUCAAGCCAGGGCUCUGAGUUCGGACUGUAUAAUAUAUCAUGUACCUGAAGUGCGGCAGAAGGCCGAUCUAUCCAGAUACAGACAAGCGGGUGCGGAGGUUCUAAAAGUAUUCUGCUCUUUCGGUGCCGUGGUCGAAAGAGCUUCCAUCGAUGAGGCCUACAUCGAUCUCACGGGACUCGUUGCCAAUAAGCUAACUUGUGUGCCAACAGCAGCGCUCGGCAACGCUUCCAUCGAAGGAUACGAGGACGCCACGUCAUUCCUUGAACAGGUCGACUGGACAGAGGAUGGAGGAGACGCAUAUCUAGCUCGGGGAGCUGCUAUCAUGAUGGAGAUGAGAGCGAAAGUUCUACAGGAGACAGGCUUCACGUGCUCCGCGGGAAUCUCCCACAAUAAAAUUGUGGCCAAGCUUGCUGCAGGACUCCAUAAACCGAACAGACUGACCGUGGUUCCGCACAGCUCAGUGGCACUCCUAUUCACAACUGUUCCUAUCGGCAAAGUUCGCAACCUCGGCGGCAAACUCGGCGAGAAUAUCACGAAGGACCUCAACGUGCAGACGAUGGCAGAGCUCGCUCAGGUUCCUCAAAGUAAACUCAUACAGCUCUAUGGCGACAAGACGGGGCGAUGGCUCCACUCGCUGAGCUUCGGUUACGAUUCCGAGGCUGUGGAAAAUCGGCUUUUGGCGAAGAGCAUCGGCUGCGCGAAAACUUUCCCCGGGAAACUUUGUCUCACCACUGUGACCGAGAUGAGUAAAUGGGUGAAUAACCUCAGCGAGGAACUCGAGGAACGGCUCCGCGAAGAUUCGAAAAUAAAUCACCGAGCACCGCGCCUCCUCGUUGUUGGCAAUGGAUACCAAUCCCGGAGUGUGACCUUGUCCGGGAACACUUUCACCAAGGUCUUCCUUUACAAUGAAGUGAUGCGAGUUUUGAGAAAACUCAAUACGGCACCCCCGACAAGCGAUGCGCUGUCCCCGCGUCUAGAGGUUAUACAAUUCAACGCCACGAAAUUCGUGCCCCUAGAAGAAGGCUCGUCCAUCACCAAAUACUUGACAACGAAUACUUCACGUCGACCUGAAACAUCUCCAACGCCCAGGAAACCUUCCAUGUCGAAGAGACUCAGAGCCCUGUUGGACGCCGACGAGGAGAAAGUCACGCCCGACGACGAGUUUUGAAUGAGCAGACCAAAAGAGUGGAUCAGAGAUCCCUCAAGACCCGAGCCGAAAAUUCAAUACCGCGAGAACGGAGGACACCAAGAAUCUGAAGCCCUCGACGAUAGAUUCGGACGCCAGACGAUGACACGCCGCAGGGUUGAGGAAGCCUGUUUUUGUGACAGGAUUGCAUGACCUGACGAUCACAUGGAAUUGUCUCGAGGCGGAUGUGUUGUCGCUUCAUUCGUGACGUCGCGUAUUAUACGAGGCAAUGUGCAUCAUAGAACACUUGACUCUCCAGCUUGACUCCAUGCUUAG